CCCCGCGACUCCGGAGGGAAGUGUAGGACAGGCCGAGGCCGUGGUCAGGGAGAAGGCGCCUCUGCUCCUGAGGCCCGCCGAGGCCACCCCUGGCAGACAGCGGGAGAGCAGCAGAGGCCUGUCCCGCCGAGCAGCCGGCCGAGGGGGCGGGGGGGAUAGUGGAGCCGUCCUCACCCCCCACCCUCCAUUGACUGGGGGUGAAGCAGGAAGGCCCACAGGGAUGGCACUGUCGAGCUGGUCCUGGGCAAGCCUCUCGAACCCGGGCAUGAGGUGACUGCAGUGAAACUGUGCCCUUCUCCAGCAGGCCGUCUGUCAUAUACUCUGACAGCUCUCAGUCACAACACUCCGCCUUAAAGAAGAUUUAAACUCUGCUUCACACCCUGGCGUCUCCCUGACUGAGAAAUUCUGGUCGUUAACUGGGAGGAACAAGCGUUUAAACUGAGAAGAGUUUACUCACCAAAUCCCCACGAUUGGAUUGUGAUUUGCUUUCUUGUCAUAUAAGAGAACAAGGAUUGAGGAUGAUAUUAAUGCUGCCUGCCAGGUUGCCCGAAUUUCCCUGUCAUCUAACAGUAACCCAGUGGUCAGUGCAGACAUUGGAUGCAGCAAUGGAAACCAGAAUCUAAAAUCAUCAGAGAGCUCUCAGAAACCUUUUCUCAAGAGUAGCACACUUCACUGUGUUGAAUACCUGGUUGAACCUUUCCAUUGUAUAAAAUAACGAGCUGCGGAUGCUGGAGAUCUGAAAACCUGUUUUAAUUUGUCCAUUCACUGGGCCAUACACAUUUAGAAGAAUUAUUCUCCUUGCCCCACUCCAAGAGCAGUGGAAAUUGGGAAAGUGUGGGAAAUGUUUAUCUCUGCAUCACUUUAAAAGAUGUGGAAAUGUGAAACGUGACAGCAGUAGUGUUUUAACAAGUUUGUGACAACUGUGACCAAAGCCACCUGGCAUCAGGGUGUAGGAUUUGUGAAAAAUUGAAGUUAUUUUGGUCCUUCACUGCCAUUAUUUAUUACAAAUUCUGAUUAAGUUUACAGCAGAUAGUUUGAAUUCAGUUUACUAAUGUGAGAUGUCAGUUUAUGUGUUGCUAAAUAUGAUGUGAUCAGCAUUACUGUCUUAUCGAUCAGGUUUUGAUUUGAAUUGAAUCUGCCUGUGAGGCUGACUUCAUGUCCUUUAGGUGUUGCUUUGAUAUACUUUGUUGUGAUUAGGGAUAGUCAGUGCUCAUGGCUUAGACUUAUCACUCCAAGUCUCAUCAGUGUUUGUUUCUGUUUUAUACCUGUUUACAGCUGAGAUGAAGCAAAUCAAUUUUUAAAUUAUUUCCCUGAGAGUAUCUCUGUGAGGUCUUUAUUUUGUGCUUGUCUCACUUUCAUUCUUUGCUGGCUUUCCAACCCAUUCCAAACGAUGCGCUUCACCUCUCUGCUUCUCUUCUUCCGGCCUGCCCUGCCACUCAUCCUGGGACUCUCUUUGGGCUGCAGUCUGAGUUUGCUGCGAGUCUCCUGGAGUCAGGGAGAUGGGCAUGAAUCGUGUAUGGAUGCUGGGCACAGCAGGGGGCUGCCCCAUGAUACCAGUCACCUGGAGCCUAGAUUGGAAAAUGGAGAGUUCAGUAACAACAAAGAGUAUGAACCCAAAAUUGUCCCUUAUUACAAAGAUCCCAACAAGCCACACAAGAAAGUGCUCAGGACACGUUACAUUCACACGGAGCUGGGAAUUCGAGAUCGACUCUUUGUUGGUGUCCUAACGUCUAAGGCUACCCUGAACACGUUGGCUAUCUCUGUUAAUCGAACCAUAGGUCACCACUUCAACAGACUGAUUUAUUUUACUGGCUUUCGCAAUACCAAGAUCCCACAUGGGAUGCAGAUAAUCUCCCAUGGAGAUGACCGGCCAGUCUGGUUGAUGUACCGGACCAUACAGUACAUCUACGAGCAUUUUGGCAAUGAGUUUGAUUGGUUCUACCUGGUGCAAGACAACACUUACACCCAAGCCGAACGUAUCAAGUCACUUGUUUCUCACCUAAGCAUCAAAGACCUGUACCUGGGUCGGGCAGAGGAGUUCAUUGGGGGUGACCCGGACUCCCGCUACUGUCAUGGCGGUUAUGGUUAUGUGAUGUCACGGAGUAUUCUUGUCAAGCUGCAGCAGUACUUGGACAGCUGUCGCAAUGAUAUCCUGAGUGUUCGGCCUGAUGAGUGGCUCGGUCGCUGCAUCAUCGAUUACAUUGGUAUCAGCUGCAUUGAUAAACACAAGGAUGUACGUUACCGCUCCUUUCAACUAGGCAAGAACACAGAUCCAGAUAAAGAAGACAGCACAGAGUUCAAAAAAGCUUUCACUGUUCAUCUGGUACCAGACCCCACACUAAUGUACCGCCUCCAUCGCCGCUUCAGUGAAAUUGAACUGGAGAAGACAUACAAGGAAAUCGAAGAGCUGCAGGUGGAAAUAAAGAACCUCAGUAAAUUGACCCCAGAGGGUGAGGCUGGAGCCUCCUGGCCAAUCGGCAUCAACCCACCUUUUAAACCUAAAACUCGCUUUGAGGUUAUCAACUGGGACUAUUUCACAGAGGAGCAGAUUUACUCGUGUGUCGAAGGCACUCCGAAGUGUGAGCUCCGCGGCAUCAAUAAGGCAGACAUAAGCGACAUCAUUGAGACUGCAGUUCAGCAGCUGAACGAGAAGUACCAGCCCCUGCUACGUUUUCGCAAGAGGCAGCUUCUCAAUGGCUACCGGCGUUUUGACCCAACUCGGGGAAUGGAAUACACCCUGGACCUAAUGCUGGAAGCCCACACCCAGAAAGGUUACAGCCGGACCAUUGCCAAGCGGGUCAGUCUACUCAGGCCUCUCAGCAACGUGGAGAUCAUCCCCAUGCCAUACGUGACCGAGGCCACCCGGGUUCAAGUCAUCCUACCCCUCACCGUGCAUGAGGAAGGCUAUGUGGGCAAUUUCCUGGAUGCCUACUCCAUGAAUGCCCUGGACAUGCAUGACAACAUGUUACUGACCUUCCUCUUCAUCUAUGACCCCUUUGAUGCCCAGCGUGUCAGUCAGAAUGAUGUGUUUGCGGGGGUGAAGUCCGCCAUAGCUGAGAUUGAAAAGCGUUACUCUGAUGUGAAAAUCCCGUGGAUUAGUGUCAAGACAGAUGUUCCUUCCCAGGUGAAGAUCAUGGACAUUAUCUCCAAGAAGCACCCCGUGGACACUUUGUUCUUCAUCGCCAGCGUCUGGACUGAGAUCAAUGGUGAGUUUCUUAACCGCUGCCGCAUGAACACCAUAAACAACUGGCAGGUCUUCUUUCCCAUCCACUUCCAAGAGUAUAAUCCUGCUGUCGUCUACCGGGAGCAGCAGACCCCCUCCUCUGCUGAGUUCCUGAAGGAUGGCCAUUUUGACCGCCGGGUCUUUAGUGAGUCCUGCUUCUUCAACUCUGACUACAUGGCAGCUCGGACCAAGAUGGCUGCCGACAUCCUGGACAAUGAUGAAAUGCUCGAGAGUAUGGAGGUGUACGAUGUGUUCAUCAAGUAUUCGAGCCUGCACGUCUUCCGGCCCGUGGAACCAGGCCUGGUGCAGAAGUACACCCACCGCACGUGUAACCCCCGGCUGAGCGAGGAGGUCUACCACCGCUGUGUGCUCAGCAACCUGGAAGGACUGGCAUCACGCUCCCAGCUGGCCUUGGCCAUAUUUGAGCAAGAACAAGCCAACAGCACUUAGAUUUGAUUGUAGCAAGAAGUAUUUUGGGUAAUCAUACACAGGAUUUGAUGUGGAGAACUGUUGGCUGUAGCCCAUUAGAGUCUCUAGAAUCUCCAUUUAAAUCUACUCCCCUUCAUAUAAAGGGUAAGGGUAAUCUGGUACUCUUCCCACCCCUAAGACCCCACACCAAAGCAAACAAUUGAGGCUAGGGAUCAAUCCCCAUAAUUUAAAAUCUAAGAUCAACAAAUUUGAGCAAUCUUAAUUAAAGUUUAUGCAGUUGCCUUCUAGUUAUGUCCAUUUUGUUUUAAUCUGUGAUUUGUAACAUUAAUGGAACAGGCAUUCCCUAAGGUUGCUAGAUGGCCACAUUAAAUUCAGAAUCAAAGUCAAUGUGGGGCUUAUUUCAAGGUUUGCAGUAAGCCUUUCCACCAUUGCUAGGCAGAUGUGGAUACGGUCACUGACUGCCUGUCACAUAAAUGUUGGCCUGCCAUCCGGUGCUGGCUAGCUUAUUUACAAUUAAUGUAUUUAACUAGAGGAUUUCAUUACCACCAUAAAGGUCAGCCAUGAUCCACUGAAUGUUGGGAUAGUUUCCUAGCUCGAAGAUCGCUGCAGAUCCGAAAGAUUUGGAAUUUUGGACAAUUAUAAUCCAGCAAGGAAUUACUUGCUGUUCUCAGUUCUGUCCUUCUUUCUCACCCGCACACUUCUUGAGCCCAAAUUCAGCCUGAUCUGCCUCUUUUUGGUUUUAGUGAUAUCUUCAGGCUCACUGUAGUGCUGCAGCAUGGCCUUUCCCUAUUGCUGUUCUCAGUAUCGGAAUAGUUUGGAACUGAACAGGAGCUGCUGCAUUCUCCAGUCCCAACGUUUUCUCACUUUGAGCAAAGGUAUUCUCCAGGAAAACACCUAGCAUUAAAUGGAGGGAAGAUUUAGUCAGACCAUUUGACAGAUUCCCCCUACUGAUUCAGCUAUUCUGCAAACUGUCUGAUUUUCAACAUAAAGAUCAGCCAUCAUUUUACAUUCUAUAAGCGCUUUAGCAGGAGCACCUGACAGGAAGAGGCCAUUCGGCAUAGUAACUCAGUGGUUAGAACUGUUGCCUCGGGAAACUAUCUGUGUGGCUUUCCUGCAGAUGCUCUGGUUUCUUCCCAUGGUCCAAACAUAUGCAGGCUCGGUGAAUUAGUCAUCAGAAAUGCAGGGAUAGGGUAGGGGUGUGUGUCUGGGUGGAUGCUGUUUGGGGGGCGUCGGUGUUGACUCGAUGGGCCGAAUGGUCUGCUUCCACACCAGAGGGAUGUAUGAUUCAGCCCAUCCAGACCUCGAGCAUACUCUCUCCACUCUUUAGUCACAAACACUACCCAUCCAUGUGAUUUCCUUAAGGAGAGUUCUGAGCUUUCAGUGGGAUGAAGAACAUUAACAGUUGUGAUUGGAACACUUUCCUGCGUUCGUCACCCUUGUUAAUGCUGAGCACUCCGCUUUGGUGAGAUGCAUAGAAUAUUGGAAUAUGGAACUAGGUCUUUUGACCCAGCAACAUAAAGCUCCUGUAGUUUUGAAGAAGAGUCAGAUUCAAAACAUUCACUUUUUUUCUCUGCACAGAUGCCACCAGACCUGCUGAGUUCCUCCAGUGUUCUCUGUUUUUAUCAGAUUUCCAGCGUCUGCAGUUCUUUGUAAAACUUCUGACCUUGUCCAAUCCUGUAAAACAGACAAUACCACGCACGGUUUCUAGCUUUGACUUCUGAGAGCAGUUGAAUUCAGUUGAUUGUCGCGUGUACCGAGGCACAGUGAAAAGCUUUGUUUUGCGAGCAAUACAGGCAGAUCAGAGUUAAGGAGCAUCAAUAAGUAAAUAAUAGGUAAACAGCGGCAAGAACAAAAACACAGGUACAAGCUUAUUUGUUUGUUUAGUUUUAGUUGCUGGAGAAUGUGGCCCACUUUGCUGACCCACACUCACCCCACAGCCAGGAGAACCUAGCACUACCUCCGUCUCAACGCUGAGAGUCCCAGCUCUGGGCAGACCAUGCUGCUGUAGCAGCAGCCACCUCACCAACUCCAGAACUCUCCACCUACUGCAACUCGGCGUCCCUGGCUCCUCUGUCAGACCAGGCCUCUGCACCCCCAUCUCGCCAAGAGUCCCACUCUGGCCGACCUCCUGCGAGAGGUCACUUCCUAGUGCCACCAUCUUAAACUUUGGCUGCCUCCAGUCACUGUGAGAAGCCGUGUCCCCCGCUGCCGGGAGGAGCUACCAUUCCGUACAGGGGCCCACUCCAGCUGACACGAUUUCACCGGUUAACCCACCGCGAAAGGCUCCAAAGGAAAGAAAAAGGAAAAUUAAAGAGAACUCGAGAGAAAGGAGGAGAAAAAAAAGGUUUGCAGGAGUGGCUGAGCCCACACACACAGCCUGGUUCCAUUCCAUUUUGAGAAUAUGAGGUGCACGUUGGUUUUAUCCCAGUUUCCUGUUCACUAGUUCGAGGGACAACAGCAUGUGUUGGGACCUCCUGAUCUCUGUUGCUCUUGCCGGCUGUAUGUAAGUUCCAAGGAUCGAAUCCUGGCCGUGGGUUGAGAUACUGUGAUUGUCAUUGACUUCCUGGGAGGGGAGCAGAGAAUCAAACAUUCCUCAUCAUUCUGGUCAUCAGCUAAACCCAUGUGUACAGACAUUCAGUCAGGACAGUAUGACUUGGUUAUUGUUCUCUGUGCUAAUGUCCUGUCAACACUUAAUCAUGUAAUCUCUCAUGUAAACCUUCAGAACUUCCUGGCAUCUGUCAGAUACAUUACAUGGCCACUAGAACUUGAACCCACGAAUUCCUUUCGAGCUGGUGGGAGAAGGUUGGAGGAAGGUGUAGGCUGAAGGCUUUCUCUUUCUUUUUUCCCACCCGAAGUUAUUUUGAGUAUGGGAUUCAUUCUGGUUUGAUUUGUACCUUGUUCCAUACAUCAUCACUCCACUCUGGUGCUGGAGUACUGUAGGGAACUUCUCCCACCUGUUGAUAUGUUACAUGUUAAUGUAUUGUUCUUCAUUUCAGAUGUUUCCCACUGUUUUCACAUGAGUAUUAUGCACAGUGCUCCCCAGACACGUUGCAGGUCUGGCAGCGCAGAAGCUUUAACUUCCCAGGUUAUGAAGAUUCAUCCAAAUCUCUAUCCCAUUCAGUAUUACUAUUUAAACAUUUGUGCCGCACAGUCAAAGGGUCAGUGCUGAGGGAGUGCCGCACUGUCGGAGGGUCAGUGCUGAGGGAGUGCCGCACUGUCGGAGGGUCAGUGCUGAGGGAGUGCCGCACUGUCGGAGGGUCAGUGCUGAGGGAGCACUUUCUAUUUAAAGGAAGAGAACAAGAACUCCGACAGCGUUGUCACCCUGUAUUCCUCUGUUACAAUCAGUAUUAUUUUUCGUUUGUUUAAUUGUUGUUUUGGGAGUGUCUAUGUGUAAACAGCUUGCCACAUAUACCUGCGUAACAAUGGCUUUGAGAAUAAUUCUAGUCUGUGAAAUGUUUUAGGAAUUUCUUGCUGUAAUCCUAGUGGUAAAACUGCUGCCUGUAAGCACUGUAUUGCACUUGUCAGAAUGCCUUGGCCCCUUUAGUAAAGGACUGUGUUUAGGGCCCUCCAAAGGCGCUCUCUGACACUGUCUUAAAUGCUGUAACUUUACAUUGUAACUCUCUGUUCUAAACACAGCUGCUGUUUCAUGAUA